CGUUGCUAAUCUCUCUCUCUCUCUCUCUCUCCUCUCUCUCUCUCUCUCUCUGCACAAGCACAAGCACAAGCACGCGCAAGCAUCUGUGUUGUGUGUGUUUGUGUCUGAAAUCUGAAUCCCAUGUUACUGCAAGCUGAGCAUGUCCUGUCACAGAAGCUGCUGCUGUCCCUGCCCCUGCCCCUGCCCCAGCCCCAGCCCGUGCACAUGCUACCCGGCCGGCGCAGCUCCAGCUAUUAACCCGCCCGCGCCAUGCGCCCUUGCGCCCACCGCGCCCUGACGCCGCCAUGCUCGGCGCACCUGGCCACGACGGCCACCACGCCGCGGAGCGCGCGCACGAGCACGCCGCCGCGCAGCCCUCGUCGCCCAGAGGCCUCGUGCUCGCGACCGCCGGCCUCAUCCACCGCGGCGACGUCGACGGCGCCCGGCGCGCGGCGGACCAGGUCCUGUCCACCGCCGACCCGCGGGGUGACGCGGCCGACCGCCUCGCGCACCACUUCGCCCGCGCGCUCGCUCGCCGCGUCGCCGCGGCGCCCGCGCCCGCGGGAGGGGCACCGACGGCGACGGCGUACCUGGCGUACAACCAGAUCGCGCCGUUCCUCCGGUUCGCGCACCUGACGGCCAACCAGGCGAUCCUGGACGCCGCCGCCAGCGGCGGCGCGCGGCGGUUGCACAUCGUGGACCUCGACGCCGCGCACGGCGUGCAGUGGCCGCCGCUGCUGCAGGCCAUCGCCGACCGCGCGGACCCUGCGGUCGGCCCGCCCGAGGUCCGGAUCACCGGCGCUGGGCCCGACCGCGACGUGCUCCUCCGCACCGGCGACCGUCUCCGCGCCUUCGCCGGCUCCCUCAACCUCCCCUUCCGUUUCCACCCGCUCCUCCUCCCCUGCACCGCGCAGCUCGCCGCUGACCCGGCCACGGGGCUGGAGCUGCACCCGGACGAGACGCUGGCCGUCAACUGCGUCCUCUUCCUGCACAGGCUCGGCGGCGAGGGCGAGGUCGCCACGUUCCUGAAGUGGGUCAAGUCCAUGAACCCCGCCGUGGUGACCAUCGCCGAGAAGGAAGCCAGCAGCAGCAUCGGCAGCGACGACGACUGCCCCCCGCCGGACGACCUGCCGCGGCGGGUGGCCGCCGCGAUGGGCUACUACUCGGCGGUGUUCGACGCCCUGGAGGCGACGGUGCCGCCGGGCAGCGCUGACCGUCUCUUGGUGGAGAACGAGGUCCUCGGCAGAGAGAUCGACGCGGCGCUGGCGCUGGCGCCGGGCCGCGUCGGCGAACACUCGUGGGGGUUCGAGGCGUGGGCCUCCGCCGCGCGUGCCGCCGGGCUCUCGCCUCGGCCGCUCAGCGCGUUCGCCGUGUCGCAGGCGCGGCUGCUGCUGCGGCUGCACUACCCGUCGGAGGGGUACGUCGCCGAGGAGGCCCGCGGAGCGUGCUUCCUCGGCUGGCAGACGCGGCCGCUCAUGUCGGUCUCGUCUUGGCAAUAGAUCCAUCGUCGAACGGCCAGUGCUGACGUACUGUUGGACCUUGCCAUGCGUGCGCGGUGUGCUCUUCUUCCUUCUCCAUUAAUGGCUUCCAGCCUAUUCUGGAUGGGCACACCAUUGCAUUGCCGGCCACAAGCAAUGAGCCAAUGACACUUGUGGAUCGAGAGGCAAGCUGAUCUCGUGGUUGAAGAGAUUGUUUGGUAAGGUUUUGGAUGGAGGAAGAAGAAGAAGACGGCGCGUGCAUGCGCCCAUGCAAGGAUCUAGCUAGGGGGGAAAUGAGCAGCUAGCCAGCUGAGCUAGCUGCUUGGCCACCAUUCUAAUGGAUGAUGGCCAAUGACAGCUAGCUGCUCAAACUUGCAAGGUUACUACUUCUGGUAUAGUGCAAUGGACGAAGGAGGAGGAAGAAGAAGAAGAUGCGUUGGCGUGCGUGAUGGACACGUUGCAUGGAAACGCACCAUUGGGAGAUCCUUGCGAGGAUCUUUGGCAUAAUUCAAUUCUUCAACUUGGGGCCGGCCAGGCACACACCCGCAUGAUGACGGCAUGACUGCUUGCCUGCAUUCGCUGAUGAACAACGGACGGGAUACAAGAAUGCAUACGAUUAUACUGUAGUGCUUGCAUUGCACCCCCAAAUUAAAAGAUCACGACGCAGAGCCCAGCAGGAGAUAAUUAAGAAGGCAAGAGAUCAUGCUUCUGGUGCUAGGCUGCAUGCUUAAUUUGGCACAGCGUUUCUGAUUUUCCUAUUGAUAUAUUUAUUGUCACAUAUCAUGUCAUAUGCAUUGUGCAUAUAUAUUUGUUAUUGCCGUAAGCGAUCGAUACGUGCAGCGACUUGAGCGUAUAUUAUUUGAUUCAAAUAUCACCAUGCAAAAUAGCAUUAUUCUAGCUAGAUACAUUCUUGUCCUCACAAGUGGGGUAUUAACUGGAAAUUAAGGUGGUGACAUUCUUUUAAUUAAUUUACUUCAUAUAUAUAUGGACAUAUAAUUUGUUCAUGGGCAUAUAUAGAUGCAAAGGCAUGUAAUGGUAUAUUAUUGUACCCCUCAAAUGCAUGUAAUAUAUAGAUGCAAAUUCAUGUAACAGUGUAGUCUCCAUGCAUUUCUUUUAAUUAGUGGUUUACUCCCUCUAAUCCUGAAAUAUAAG